CUAACCUGCUCGUUGAGCAGUUUGAGUGAAGAUUUUGAUAUAGAUUAAAUGAAAAUAUAUUGCAUCCCUAGAAAUACAAAUAAGUAGUAUAAAAAUCUCAUGAAAAGUAUUAUCUUUUCAAGUGAAUAUUAGUAAUCAUAACACAUUUAAUUGAGUAGGUAGUAAGCGCCGGUGAAAUUGUGAUCAUGGCGAACCCGUCAUCAGGCGUUGUGGUUCCAAGGAAUUUUCGUCUUCUAGAAGAACUUGAGCAAGGUCAGAAGGGAGUUGGCGAUGGCACUAUUUCCUGGGGUCUCGAAAGUGAUGAUGAUAUGACCCUGACUCACUGGACUGGCAUGAUAAUUGGUCCACCAAGGACUCCUUAUGAAAAUAGGAUGUAUUCUCUUAAAAUUGAAUGUGGAACACGAUACCCAGAUGAACCCCCCACUGCUAGAUUCAUUUCUAGAAUCAACAUGAACUGUGUUAACAGCCAGACUGGACUUGUUGAUAACAGGCAAGUUCCAAUUCUUGCAAGAUGGCAACGUGACUAUACUAUCAAGACAGUUCUGCAAGAACUAAGACGUCUUAUGACUCUUAAGGAAAAUAUGAAGCUUUCUCAACCCCCAGAGGGAAGCACUUUUUAGUUAUUCCUGUAUUAACAUGUUCCAUAACCCAAUCUGCUCCUACUUUGCUAAAUUUUAGGGUAUUAUAUUCAUUUUUAAGUCCAUCAAAAUUAUAGUUAUAGUUUUCAGUAAAGAUAAUUAAUUAUGCUAGUAUGUUAAAUAUUUGUCUUUGUGCAUUUAUUGUAAUGUUUAAAUCUUUAAAAUAUCAUAAAGCAACAUGUUUACUUUGAUAUCUAUUGUAUUUGCAGUGGAUUGGGUAAAAUGUUUCUUGUAAUAUUCACUUAAAAAUAGCUUCUAAUUACCCACUUAGAGGGUUACACACAUUUAUUUAUCUGUACCUAAAUUAUUGUGGCCUUUUUAAAAGUCAAUCUUGCUUUUCAAUGAUUGAGAGUAUAUUUACUCAUCUUUUCUUUUUAUUUGAUACAGUUCUAUGGAUUCCACUACCUAUAUUCGCAAACACCUAAAUAUUCCAAAUGAAUAAAUUCUUGGUAACUUAUUGAUUGUGAAUAUAGGCAUAUAAUUAAGCAGGCUAUUAAUAUGCUUAUACAUAUUAAGAAUUGAAGUUAUGUUUAUCAAAGUAUAAUCUCACGAAAUCAAUAUUUUUUCUUAGUUAACUUGAAGUGUAAAAUAUUUUAGGAAAUUCUUUUAGAGACAUAAGAUGAAGUACUACUGUUUCAUUAUAAGGCUUUUCAACAUUUGGGUGUUUCAUGUAACAUACAGUAACUGAAAUGGUUAAUAGUGUCAACUGAUCAACUCAUAGCUUGGCAAAUAAACAAUACAUUUGAGUGAUUUUGUUGUUACAAACCAAAAGGCUAAGUCAAAUUGAUUCAUAGCAUUAAUAUUUUUACCAAUGUAUAACUAGCAAAGGUAAAUAAAUCAAAUGAUACUGUAA